AUGGAAAAAGUCCUGAUAUCUGGGGGAGCCGGUUUUGUCGGUGCAGCCCCGCCUGGGCCGGACCAUACUGUACCAGAUGGUGUCGAGUUCAUCAAGGUCGAUGUUACUAUCCAGGAGGAGGCCAGGAAGGUAAUAGAGCAGGCUAGACCGGAUGUUAUUAUUCACGCGGCCGGAAUUGUUCAUGCCCUGAGUGAACGAUUUGGAAGAAGGGUUGAAGGGCAUGUUUGGAGAACUAAUGCCGCUAAACAGAGUGGAGUCAAGGGGCUUUAUUUACACCAGUUCUUGCUGUGUGUCGAAGUCGGUAUCCCGCUUGAUAUAUGUGAUGUAAUCCAGGGGUCUAUUGUUCUUAAGGGAUCAAGUGACACAGUUGCCGCAUGUUCUCUCCGGCCUUCUGUGCUAUACGGACCGGGUGACGACCGGUUGGUCCCUGCAAUACAUGCAUGUAUAGCCAAGGGUAAAGCCCCGUUCAUCGUCGGUGAUGGCCAGAAUCUGUGGGAUGUGACAUACGUCACCAAUGUUGCCGAUGCCCAUGUUCUGGCUGCUGAGAAUCUGAUGUCUUCGAGGACUGCAGCCGGUGAAGUCUUCUUUACUCAGAACAAUGAACGUAUCACCUUUAGGGACUUUUGCCUUGCCAUAUGGGCUCAUUUUGGCCACACACCCCCGUUUGAGAUUCACAUCCCGGGGACACUGGCUUACCUUGUUGGCUUGUCCUGUGGAUUCUUGACAUGGGUCUUUGGAACAACUAAUAUCUUGAGCCGCGGCAGUGUUAGGGAUGCAUGCUCUGUUCGUUAUGCCAGUGGCGAGAGAGCAAAGCUGAUACUAGGGUACAGACCCCAAGUCGGAAUUGAAACUGACUCCUCAUGUCCUUAUUUACUCAUGUAUCUAGGAUUAUGCUCGACCUAUGGGGAUCGAAUCACCAAUGCAGCAGGCAUGUAA